UGUGUGUGUGUGUGUGCGACCAGGUUCAUGGCCACCAACGACCUGAUGCUGGAGCUCCAGAAGGACAGCAUUAAACUGGACGAGGACAGCGAGAGGAAGGUUGUGACGAUGCUGCUCAAACUGCUGGAGGACAAGAACGGGGAGGUUCAGAACCUGGCUGUGAAAUGCCUGGCCCCUCUGGUGAGCAAGGUGAAGGAGCCUCAGGUGGAGACGAUGGUGGACACGCUCUGUUCCAACAUGAUGUCCGACAAAGAGCAGCUGAGAGACAUUUCCAGUAUGGGACUGAAGACUGUGAUCGCUGAGCUGCCGCUGUCUUCAUCAGGUUUGACUCUGACAGCCAGUGUGUGUAAGAAGAUUACCUCUCAGCUGAUUGGUGCAAUGGGGAAACACGAGGACGUGUCAGUUCAGUUAGAGGCUCUGGACAUCCUGUCGGACAUGUUGGGAAGGCUCAGCGGUGCUCUGGUGAGUUUUCACAGCUCUCUGCUCUCCAGUCUGCUCCCUCAGUUAACCAGCCCCAGGAUGGCGGUCAGGAAGCGCUCCAUCAUGGCUCUCGGUCACCUGGUGCCCUGCUGUAGCCCCGCCCUUUUCUCCCAGCUGACCGAACACCUGAUGACGGAGCUCUCCAAGGCCCCGCCCACCUCGAUGACGAGGACGUACAUCCAGUGCCUAGCAACCAUCAGUCGUCAGGGCGGGCAUCGAGUCGGUGUCCAAAGGAGAUGUCCCCCCAUGUUGCCACGAUAACGCAGCUGUGUCUUAAGUUCAUGACCUUUGACCCUAACUACAAUUAUGAUGACGAUGAGGAGGAGGAAGAAGAUAGCAUGGAUAUAGAGGACGGGCUUGAUGAAGAGUCAGACGAUGAGUACAGCGACGACGACGACAUGAGCUGGAAGGUGCGGCGCUCCUCCAUCAAGUGUCUGGAGGCUUUGAUCAGCACGAGGCGGGACCUUCUCCUCUCCUUCUACUCCUCCGUCUGCCCCGCUCUACUGGCCCGGUUCAAGGAGCGCGAGGAGAACGUGAGGGCCGACGUCUUCGCUGCCUUUUCAACGCUACUGAGGCAAACGCGAGGGGGGUCGAGUCACCACGGCCUCAUCACGGCUGGUUCAGACUCAAGGCUGAGCCGGGAGGAGGAGCCGGCAGUCGCCUUGCUGAAGAAACAGGUGCCGGUGAUCGUGAAGGCUCUCCACAGACAGCUGAAGGAGAAGAGCAUUAAAUCUCGACAGGGCUGCUUCUGUCUCCUCACUGAACUGGCUCACACUGUAACUGGAGCCCUGGAGCAACAUAUACCUGCUCUAAUACCUGGCAUUGUCUUCUCCCUGACAGACAAGUCCACCUCCUCCACAAUGAGGAUCGAUGCCCUCUCCUUCUUCCACGUCCUCCUCCUCUCCCACCCUCCUCAAGCCUUUCAGCCACACAUGCAGGUGCUGCUGCCUCCGGUGGUGGCGUGUGUGGAAGACAGUUUCUAUAAAAUCACCUCAGAGGCUCUGCUGGUCGCCCAGCAGCUGGUCAGAGUGAUGAGGCCGCAGGGACAGACCGCCACAGCGGGAGGAUUCGACCCAAAACCAUUCGUCAGAGAGGUGUUUUCUGUAACCCUGAAGAGGCUGAAAGCAACAGACAUCGACCAGGAAGUGAAAGAGAGGGCUAUUUCUUGUAUGGGUCACAUGGUGUGUCACCUUGGCGACCACCUGCGGGCGGAGCUGCAGGGUGUAUUAACGAUAUUCCUGGAGAGGUUAAAGAAUGAGAUCACAAGACUGACAGCAGUUCGGACCAUCGCCCUCAUCUCUGCUUCUCCAUUAAAGAUCGACUUGUCGUCCAUCCUGCCCGAAGCUCUGUCUGUGCUGGGUUCGUUCUUGAGGAAGAACCAGCGGGUGCUGAAGCUCGGCACGCUGGCGUGUCUGACCACACUGGUCACGCAUCACGCUGCCACCAUCAAACCCGCAGCACUGGAGCCCGUGCUCAGUGAACUUCCUGCUCUGGUGGAUGAGAGCGACAUGCACGUGUCACAGGUAUCCGUCACCUUGCUGACCUGCAUGGCCAAAGCCUGCCCCUCCUCUCUGGCUAAGAUCAGCUCCUCCGUGCUGCCGGGAGUCUUCAGACUCGUCCAUUCACCACUGCUGCAGGGUGGAGCGCUGGCAGCCAUACUGGACUUCCUGCAGGCACUGGUGCUGUCCAAAACCAGUAACCUGGGCUACAGUCAGUUGCUGAAGUCUCUCACAGAUCCGUUUCACAGCUCUCAGUCCUCAGUGGACGGCACCGUCAUCCACAGACAGUCGUACCACUCGGUGGCUCGCUGUGUGGCUGCUCUGUCCUCCGCCUGCCCCAAAGAAACACCGGGCACUGUCGCCGGCCUCCUGCAGGAGAUUAAGAGUCCUGGUUCUCCAGAGUCUGCUCGAGUCCUCGCUCUGUUGUGUCUGGGGGAGGUGGGGAGGACCGGCAGCCUGGGAGGAAGCAAGGAGGUGCAGGGAGUCAUCCUGGAGGCCAUCGCCUCAACCAAUGAAGAGGUGAAGACGGCAGCGUCCUGCGCUUUAGGCAGCAUGGCGGUCGGCAGCCUGAACGACUACCUGCCCUUCCUGCUGAAGGAGAUCUCCUCACAGCCGCGCAGACAAUACCUGCUCCUACACUCACUCAAAGAGGUCAUCAGUGCCUGUCCAGCCUCUAGUCUCUCGCCCCAUGUGGAGUCUAUCUGGACCUUGCUGUUUCAGAACUGCGAGUGUCAGGAGGAGGGGACCAGAAACCUGGUGGCCGAAUGUCUGGGAAAACUGACUCUAGUCAACGCUGCCCAACUAUUACCCAGACUUAAACAGCAACUUAAAGCUGGCUCUCCUCUGGCUCGAAGCACAGUGGUCACCGCUAUCAAGUUCACUAUUGUUGACCAACCUGCUCCCAUAGAUUCACUGCUGAAGGACUGCAUCGGUGACUUCCUGAAGACACUGCAGGAUAAGGACAUCAACGUGCGCCGUGUCGCUUUGGUGAUGUUUAACUCUGCAGCUCACAACAAACCAUCCCUCAUUCGUGGUCUCCUAGCAACAGUGCUGCCUCACCUGUAUAAGGAGACCCAGAUCAGGAAGGACCUCAUCAGAGAAGUGGAGAUGGGUCCAUUCAAACACACUGUGGAUGAUGGGUUGGACGUGCGUAAAGCGGCGUUCGAGUGUAUGUACACUCUGCUGGACAGCUGCCUGGAGGGGUUGGACGUCCUGCAGUUCCUCGAUCAUGUAGAGGAAGGACUCAAAGAUCACUAUGAUAUCAGGAUGCUCACUUUCCUGAUGUUAGCCAGACUGGCGUCUCUGUGUCCUGCUGCCGUUCUCCAAAGACUGGACAGACUGAUAGAACCGCUGAAGGCCACCUGCACUACCAAGGUGAAGGCCGGCUCUGUGAAGCAGGAGUUUGAGAAGCAGGAGGAGUUGCGGCGCUCUGCCAUGCGCGCCGUCGCCGCCCUGCUGGCCGUGCCCGAGGUGGAGAAGAGUCCCAGCAUGGCCGACUUCGCCAACCAGAUCAGAACCAACGCUGACAUGGCGUCCAUCUACCAGAGCGUCCAGGGAGGAGAGGGAGGGAGCUUUGGACCCGCAGAGAGCAUGGACAUGAGCUAGACACCGGAUGUUUGAUUAUGAUGGGUUUUUUAUAGACACGGUUUAGAAACAGUAGAUAAAAACACUCUUGUUAGACAUUUCCUCUCUGGCAUAAACAUCCAUUUAAUGAUUAACAUGGUCAACUUACUCACAGUUUCUUUUUGUGUUUAGUAAGAUUUCGGAUUUGAUUAAAUUCACAUGAAAUAAAGUGGAAGCAAAACUGUGAA